UGAGUCUCUGUUAAAUAAGGCAGUGCAUAAACACGAACCGGACUUUGGUGAUGAGGGAAAGGAUUUAUUGGAUGUGUCACGUCGAUUACUUGUUCAUUUUUGUAAGAUCACAGGUUGAAAAGGGAAAUUCUCACAAAGGACUUUUUCCAGAAGAAGUGUUGUUUUCGUCGUGUAGUUUGAUCCAUAUAAUGAUACUCAGACAAAGACAGUACGGCUGAAUUUUAUUUUUAUUUGCUAAUAUGAUUUAUACUGACAUUUUAUGCCAUUUUAGUUUUAUUUUAUUUUGAUGUUCUGGUCUGUACAUUCUUUUGUUUAAAAUUUUUCUCACAUCCAUCAUCAUAAUGCACAUUCCAGUUCCACCUUCCCCCAUGAGACCAGCCGUGGCCCCCUCGGUACAGCUGGGUGUCACGGUUCUUUACGCAUGUCUCUAUGGGGGUCUUUUUGUAGUGGUAUACAUUCAGCUUUGGUUGCUGUUACUCUACCGGCAUAAGCGAUGGAGCUACCAGAGUAUUUUUCUUUUUCUUUGCCUGUUCUGGGCAGCUCUUCGCACAACACUCUUCUCGUUUUAUUUCCAUGAUGCCCUUGCGGCCAACCACUUGUCCACUCCAGUCUACUGGCUCCUUUAUUGCUUCCCAGUGUGCUUGCAGUUUUUCACUCUGAGUCUCUUCAACCUUUACUUUACUCAGGAGUUGCUCAAAGUCAGAAGUGUAUUCAACAUUGAGCCCAGCAAAGCACUAAGGGCGGCUCGGUGUGUGUAUGCCACCAUGAGUGCCGUCUUCCUGUGCGUCAACAUAGUUUGCGCAAGCCUCGCAGAUCAUGGAGGUUCUGGUGGAGCUGGUGAAAAUGCUUGGAGGCUGGUUUUGCUUCGGGUUCUGGUUAAUGACCUACUGUUCAUUCUGGAAGCUGUGUGUCUGGCCACAUCUCUGCUCCUGUUAACUCGAUUUUCGCCCACCACCACCCCCCCUUAUCUACGCAGUAAGGGGCUUUGCCGGACUGUGGUGUUGGGGGCCGGCGUAAUCUUGCUUUUCUCUAGCAGGGCUUGCUACAAUCUUGCAGUGCUGUUUUUGUCUCAGAAUCAUAAAGUCGAGGCUUUUGACUAUGACUGGUACAACAUUUCUGAUCAGGCUGACCUUCAGAAUGAACUUGGAGAAAGAGGCUACAUUAUCUUUGGAGCAGUUCUUUUCAUUUGGGAGCUGCUACCUACCGGCCUGCUCAUUCUCAUCUUCAGAGUUCGCCAACUUCCUCAAGAAAAGAACUGCAGCCCGGCCAUGUGCAACACACAAGCCUCACAGUCAUAUUUCUUUGAUGAUCCUCGAGGAAUGGAUGACACGGCUUCUCUCUGGAGCCACAGUAUCAAUCCUAAUAGCAGCUGGGUUGGGUCGAGUGAGACAACUCCACUCCUCUUCAACAGGAGCGACCAGAUCAACCAACACCACUCGCUUUACUCCACUCCACAGACCUAACCACUAUGCAAAGCUGCAGAGAUCUUCUUCUGACCUUCUCAGGCAAUAGCACAGCAUUACCUCUUCCUGUUGAGUAGCUCAAUGGGUUUGUUUGCACUAAUAUGCAUCAGAAGCAUCUAUACUUCUGAAAUCGCACCUUGACUUUUUAAAGCUGAGCACAAUUAGACUAGAUGCUCAUGAUAAAAGGGACCAGAUAAUGAUUUUACUACAAUGAUUAUAACCACAUUUAUCAUUCAUGAGAGAUUCUUUGAAAUGUAUUAACAGAUGUUAUUUUUGCGUGUGGGAUGGUGACCUUUCCAUUUCAAAUGGUGCAUAGGGAAGCAAUAAAUUUGGUACUUUAUGCUCUGAUAUUUGCUAAUUUACAUUAAUAAAAAACUUAAUUUAAACAUUUUCUUUUUUAACUCACUUUUUACAUAUUUAUGGUUGCUCAUGUAUUGUUGGAAUUUCAGUAAAGACUAAUACUCAGA